ACUAACCAGCGCACAGCUGAGGAGCUUCCCCGACGCGAGGGGAGGAUGGAGAGAUGUUUGGAUCACGACCACAGAAGGCUUUGAAUAUGUCAUAACGCGUCGUUAACUGAUGCCCAUCUACUUUUACAGGAUGUAUUUCCAUCCUUUGUAUGAGCGCUAAGCGAGCUGCUCUGGAUUCAGAAAACCAGCACCGCGUCCUCCACCCAGUUGAAAAAUCUUUCUAGGCUGCGUUGUACCGUAAAAAAAAAAACCAACCUUGACUCGGUUCCCGGUUCGACUCGGUUUAUGCUUUAGUUUACUCAGCGAAACCGUGUUUGCGUUUUUUGUUUAAUCUAGGCAAUGUUGGCAUGGCCGCCUCGGGAGCACAUAAGUGUCCGAAGAGUGAGAAGUUGGACGAGGCGCAGGCUCUGGCCAGAAGCUGCGCGGGGAGACCAGACUUCCUGCCUUGCGAUGGACUCUCCAUCUGCGCUACGCACAGCCACGGGAAGUGCUUCAAGCUGCACUGGUGCUGCCACUUGGGCUGGUGUCACUGUAAGUACGUGUACCAACCCAUGACCAAUGUGUGCCAGCUGCCCAGUACCACUGUGCCACCUUUGGGCUCAGAGUGCAGCAACACCAUGGACCUGUCUGUCUCUCUGGCCGAGCGCUUCCUGAAGUUGGCCCCGAGUUUCCAGUCCCCACCACACUUGGAGUCGCCCAAGUACUGCGUCAUCGCAGACCUGUUUGUGGAUGACUACAUAGUUAAACGGAUCAAUGGAAAGAUGUGUUAUGUGCAGCGCCCCCCACCUCCUUUACCAGAACCACCUCGUCCUCCUACCCCUCUCCCACCAGCUCCAGAAACACGGCAGAUGCCCAUAAAUCCCACUCAGCCUCAGCAACCGCUUAAGACACCACCGCCACCACCAACCCAGCAUACACCUCCACCUGUGCAGCCAGUCCAACAGGUGUACAGUGAUCACAAACACCCCUCCCCUGUUGAUAAGAUUAAAGGCCCCAAAAUGGACCACUGCUCCUCUCCGUCCAGCUCCGAGGACUCUGGCAUCAACGCACUGGGUCUGCACUACUUGGAGUCCUGUGAGGAGGAAAGUGAGGAGGAGGAUGAUGAGUUGAGCACAGAUGGGAACUCCAGCCCCGGGAGUCUCUGGGACCAGGACGACUGUUCUCUUCUUUCUCCCUCCAAAUCUAUGAUAGAAAUCAUCGAAAAGAUUGAAACAACUGUGUAACCGGCACAGUGUCGACAUGGACGCCUAAAGAGCAGACUCUUACAACUGAGAAUAACAGUAGGAUUUAUUUACACCAACCAAUAAGGAACAAACCCCCUCUAGUGCUUCUGCAGGAGUUUGCUGGAGUGUUGUUCGGACGAAUUUGUUUUCCUGCAGGUGGUUGAGGACUGUAUGCCCACAACCUCAUGCAGCCUCUCCUUUGUCCAAUUUCCCUGCAUGGAGUUCAUUUUUAGAAAUUAUUAGAAUAAAGGAGGAAGCACAAGAACAUCAAACACAUGCACAGUGGACCAAAAAGAUCUCCUCAACAGAGUUAUAUAGUGAAAAAGCUGAAAGAAUCUAGAGUAGAGGUAAGAGGAUAGUAAGACAAAUUAGAGGGCUUUUUGUGAGACUUCUUGGUAGGUUUAUUAUUGGAGCUGAAAGCUGAAUCAUGUUUGAAGAAAGGCAGUAUGUUUCAUGAUAAUAGUGAGCAGCUCAGUAAUUCUUAGUGUUCUCCUGUUGUCGCUAUGUCAGACUUUUAGUCUAAUUCAGCAUUCAAGUGGCAGAUAGGCACACCAUCCCUUGUUCUCUGGUCAGAGGCUCCACCCACACGAAUCUACUAAUUCUGACACUUCAGCAUAAUGACUACAAGGCCAGCUACCUCUCAUGGGCCUAAAGCACAUCAGCCUUUUUAACCCAUUAAUGGCUCUGCUCUGAGCUGCUGGACUGACCUGCUCUCAUCACAUUAAUGAAAAGAUUUUGGAUCCACAGUUUGUCUGCACUUUACUAACACGAUCAGAGGUGGGAGGUCGGUCAGUCAGCAGGUUGGUAUUUGACAAUCAAGGAUUACACAGAAGCACAUUCCUAUACGGUACCUGCCAGUGAGGACCAAGGCUACUUCUAUUUAUCAGGCUUUGACAUGUUAUUCUUCUGACCGCCUUUUCUGGUCUAGCCCAACUGAAUUGCAGUGCAGUUAAGGUUAAGACAGGGUGUCAAGCAAAACACGACUUCCAUUGACCUCUGUUAGCAGCCAGGAAAUUGAAAGAGCAUAGUACAGAGUUGUCUUUGGCACAGCUACAGUGACUAAAGUAGGAGCAAUGUCAUGCUAGAGGCUAGUAAUACAUGAUGUAGAGGGAAUAUAUCAAUUUUAUUCUUAUUAACAUAUAUUAUAACACAUAUGCAUUGUUAUUUGCUUCUGGGGCUCUUGAGUGUGGAUUGUCUUUGUACUGAUUGAAGAAGAUGGUGGGAAAUAAGUAGAUUAGACUAAUGUGUCACGGAUAACUUGUAAUAUUGGGCAAAAAUGAUCAUUCAUUCCAUUUUUAAAGGGUAAUUACAGUAUGAGAUGGGAUGCUGAAUACAUGUUGUGAUGUUGUGACUGAUAUAAGAAAUGAGCCAGCCUCCUAUUACUUUGUGAAACAAAGCAGGGCUGGGUCUUUUCAGUUCCAUGUGGGUUUUGUUUUGUUUUGUUUUUUGUUAUUUCAAGUGACUUUCUGGAGAGUUAUCAGGAAAAAUCACCAAAAGUUUCACUAAUUCAGAAAGUAUUGCUGCAAUUCUUUGAGCACUAGCUAUUAAAAAAGUAAUUUUGCUUGAUUGCAUUCAUUCCCUCUUGUCACCAAAUCCAAUUGAACAGAUUUUAUGAGUCAGAGUGUUCUAAGAGCUGACAAAUAUUACAUCAGCUCUUUAAUUUAGGUGUUUUUUUUAUUAUUCAAGGACAGCCCUUGAAUAGAGUCCCUAUUAAUGCAGUUUGAAGCAUAUGUUAUGUUCUUAUUAUUGUUAUAUUAUUUUCAUAUGAAUAAAUCGUAAUGAAACUGA